CGUGGGAGCUGAGUUCCUGCACUUUUUCCACAGCAGGAACACUGUUCCCAUUAGCAAGAGUCCUGCGAGACCAUCCCUUGAGUGGAAAUCUUGGGUGAGUUCCUGUACUUUUUUUUUCCCAGGACUUGACCCCUGCUUAUAUUAGACUUUGCCCCCCCCCCCCUCCUUAUCCAAAAUGUCAGAGACAAACACUAUGACUGUGGUGUCAGAUCCCCAGCAUGCUGCUAAAAUUCUCCGGGCUCUGGGUUGUUUUCGGGAGGAAUCGGACUUCUGCGAUGCCGUCCUGGUGGUGGAGGAGCAGGAGAUCCCAGUGCAGAAGAACAUUCUGGCUGCUGCAAGUCCCUAUAUAAGAGCAAAGCUGAACUAUAACCCUCCAACGUAUGACGGCACCCCAUACAAAAUUGAAAUGGAAGGAAUUUCAGUGACUGUUAUAAAAGAAAUUCUUGACUACCUUUUCAGUGGACAGAUCAGGCUGAGUGAAGAAACAAUCCAGGACGUGGUACAGGCUGCUGACCUCUUGCUACUUACUGAUCUUAAGACUUUGUGUUGUGAGUUCCUUGAGGGCUGUAUUACAGCUGAAAACUGCAUCGGCAUUCGAGAUUUUGCACUGCAUUAUUGUCUAAACCAUGUGUAUUACAUGGCCACAGAGUACCUUGAGACCCACUUCAGAGAUGUCAGCAGCACAGAGGAGUUCUUAGAACUUAACCCAACAAAGCUGAAAGAGGUCCUUUCUCUUGAGAAGCUUAAUGUGGGCAAUGAAAAAUACGUAUUUGAAGCUGUGCUUAGAUGGAUAUCCCAUGACGCUGAAGUGAGAAAGGUUCACAUGAAGGAUGUGACCUCAGCUUUGUGGGUGAGUGGCCUGGAUUCCAGCUACCUGCGAGAACAGAUGCUAAAUGAGCCGUUGGUACGAGAGAUGGUCAGAGAAUGUAACAACAUCCCCCUGAGCCAGCCGCAGCAAGGAGAAGCCGUCCUGGCAUCCUUUAAACCUAGGGGCUACUCUGAAUGCAUUGUGACGGCAGGAGGAGAGGAGAGGGCGUCCCGGAAACCAUUAGCCAACGUUCGUUGUAUGUGUCCACUAUAUGACAGAAAUAGACAAUUAUGGAUUGAGCUGGCACCUUUAAGUUUACCACGGAUCAACCACGGCGUUCUGUCUGCAGAGGGCUUCCUGUUUGUGCUCGGUGGUCAGAAUGAAAACAGUGAGACACUGUGUUCUGGUGAGCAGUAUGAUCCUGAUGCCAACGCUUGGAGCCCUUUACCAGAGAUGCUUGAGCCAAGGCACAGUUUUGGUGUGGUGGAAAUUGAUGGUGUCAUCUAUGUUCUGGGAGGAGAGGAUGGGGAUCGGGAGUUGAUUUCUAUGGAAUCCUAUGACAUGUGCACUAAAACCUGGAGCAAGCAACAGAACAUGACCAUGGUCAGAAAGAUCGGGUGCUAUGCAACGAUGAAGAAGAAAAUCUAUGCUAUGGGAGGAGGUUCCUACGGGAAAUUGUUUGAGUCUGUUGAGUGUUAUGACCCCAAAACUCAGCAGUGGACCGCCAUCUGUCCCCUAAAAGAGAGAAGGUUUGGUGCUGUUGCAUGUGGAGUUGGCAUGGAGCUUUACGUUUUUGGUGGAGUUAGAAGUCGUGAAAAUGAACAGAACAGUGAAAUGGUAGCCUGUAAAUCUGAGUUCUACCAUGAUGACUUUAAAAGGUGGAUAUACCUAAAUGAUCAGAAUUUAUGUAUCCCAACCAGCUCUUCUUUUGUAUAUGGCGCUGUUCCGAUUGGUGCUAGUAUCUAUGUUAUUGGUGAUCUUGAUACAGGUACAAGUUACGAUUAUGUGAGAGAAUUUAAGAGGAGCACCGGCACCUGGCAUCACACCAAGCCUUUAUUUCCAUCCGAUCUCCGACGUACGGGAUGUGCAGCACUGCGUAUCGCAAAUUGCCGUCUUUUCCGACUCCAACUGCAGCAAGGACUCUUUCGCAUCAGGGUCACACCUUCUUGAUCCACUGGUAAAGACUGCAUGACAACUGACUCCUGGCAAGCCAAGUUCUUCAUUAUGGGGGAAAAACACGCAAAACCUAAUCGGCGGGGGGAAAAAAUGGUGCCUGCCAUGAUGCUGCCUUUACAUACAGCUGGUAUGUAGACCUGGAGUAACAAUGAAAAAAAUUCCUUGGAGACACUAUAAAGGCUUGGGUGUUGGGAUCAUUAUACAUCUUGUUUAUAUUAAUAUCUAUAUCACAUUGCUUAAUGCUUUCUGGGGUUUGGUAACUAGUUUUCAAGCAUGAGGCAAUGUACUAAUAUAAUAAGCUUUAAUAUGCAAAAUAAUAGAGAGGAAAUAUUGUGACAUUAGGAGAAAAGACAAUCUUGUUUGGGUCGAUGGUGGUACUUUGCUUGCCUUAAAGGAGAAAAUUCUAUUUUUUUUUAAACCUAUGCUUAAAGGAGAACUUCAAAACGGUUGACUGGUAAAAUACAUUAUAUAAGUUUUAUAAUCUAAAUCCUCUGAAACACAGUGCUAUUAUAGGGGCUAUAGAACCUACACCUGCAAUUAAGCGGAAUUGAGGACUUGUGCAAUUUAGUGUUUUUAAAGUAGGGGCUAAAGGCCCCACGGCAACCCAGGUGUUGUUUUUUUUGUUUUGUUUGUUUUUUUAAUUAAAUGUGCUAGAAGAGAAUGAGAGAAAGUCCCCAUGAUAACACUGUGCUGAAAGAAUACAGGGAGAGAAAGUGUCAUGGGGACGCGGGUAUAAAAUAUCUUCUCAGAUGACCAUUCACAUCUAUGGCACAGCAGUAUGAAACAAGAUACGUUAAGAUGGUACCUAUAAACUUCCAUUAUGUAAAAGUUGCCAGUUUGUACCUGUUUUUUGUCCCCGGUAUGUUUGUGUACAAUUUUCUGUGGGAUAGAUACUACAAAAAAUUGUAUGCUGUGGUUUACAUUUUGUUUCCCCAUAGAAGUAUAUUAGUGACAUACUGUGUGGUGUAAAUAUACAUUUUUUUUUUCUUGUUCUACAGUUUUUACAUAGUCUAACAUAUUAACAAAAGUAUACAUUUAAAACUUAUGCAAAAGGAUAGAGACAUAUAUACCACAAAACUGUAUGCAAUAUUGACCCAAAUUGGUCUUGUUGUGGUGCAUCAUUUUGUGGUAUACCACAUACAGAUGUGUGUGGUAUAGAUGUGAACCUAUUCUAACAGGAAUCAGUUCUAAUUAUCUGGAUUUCAGAUGUAUAGGACAGUUAAAAAAAAUGUCUUCUAAAAAUCCACAUGUGAAUUUACCCUGAGGCUGGGUUCACACAUAGUAUUUUUAUUCAUAUUUUUUUUAGCUAAAGCCAGAAGUGGAACCAACAGUGAAAAGUGAAAAUUAAAUAAUGGCACCUUUUUCUAGUUUUUAUUUUAUUUUAUUUUUUUAUAUACCCUUUCCUGGUUUUACCUACAAAUAUUGACCAAAAUUAGGAAUACUGACCAAUAUACUAUGUGUGAACCCAAACUAAGGCUGCGUAUACACACACAGGUUUUAUGUGUGUCCAUUUUUUAUUUUCCAAAAAUACUGAUGCUGGAUGGGACAUUACAAGUCUAUAGUGAAAUAUCAAAUGCAUUUAAUACAAUAAGCUUUGAUUUCAAUUUUUUUGUAAAGUGUAAAAAAACAUAGCAUGGUCUGGGUAUAGCAGUUUUUACAAAGUUUUUAUAUGUAGGACUUUAAAGACAAAUGUACAAAUGGUUUGUAAAAACUCAUGUUAAAUUUCAUUUAAAAACAUGCAGGACAUUUCUAAUAGUUUCAUUUUUUUUAUGCAGUUUAAAAUGCCAGAAAGGAAAACUGGGGAAAGUUAUAUGAAACUGUCCAAAAGAAAAACUGUCUUUGUUGCCCUUAACUAGUCACAGCGCAGCUUUUAUUUCUUAAUGGUAAAAGUUGAGCUGUGAUUGCUAUAUGAGCAACAAAGACAGUUUUAAUUUAGAUAGUGGCUUUUCUGAGAGUUCUUCUUUUAACAUUCCUAAUUGACAGGAAGUGGUGUUAAAUAAUUAGAAUUUAUCCAUUUAUAUGUUGUUUUAAUAGAAUUUUACCUCAGAUUUAAAGGGGUUGGCCCAUCUCCUUAUUUCUGGCUUUUCCAGCUCCUCCGGCCUUUUUGCAUUAGCCGAUGGUGGAUGGGAAAGCUGAAAGCAGCUGAAGCAGAGAUGUUACACAAUUUGCGUAAUUCCCCUUGACUUUAAUGUGAAAACGGCGUCACCCGCGGGCUACACGGUUUACAUAACUCGGGACAACCCCUUUAAUUUUGUAACACUGUUUUGUCCUCCGUUGGCAUAUUCCUUAUGACUGUUUUUUUUAAGUUUUUUUUUUUAUUACUGAAUAAUUACCAAUGUUUCUUGUAUUCCUAUAAGCCGAUAAUACAUUCCCCAAGAUGUCAGCAGUUAAAGCACACCAUUCUUUAUUAAAUAAUAGGUAUCUAUAUAUUUAAUGUUAUUUUGAUUCUAGAAGUUCACAUUUCAGGCCAUAGAUAUUUGUGCUAAUU